AUAUAUCUGCAUAAAAGUGAAUGUAGAUGUAUAUGUGAAUGUGAUCUAUUUUCCUUUCGAUCUGUUUAUUGUGUGCAGCACGGCUUACACUUGGUCUUGGUUGGAUGCACCAGUCUGUGUGCAGUGCUUUUUGCCCGUUGCCUAGACGAUCCCUGGGUUUCUCUGAGGAUGUCUGGUUCUCGUAAAGAGUUUGAUGUGAAGCAGAUUUUGAAAAUCAGAUGGAGGUGGUUUGGCCAUCAAGCAUCAUCUCCUAAUUCUGCAGUUGACAGCCAGCAGGGAGAAUUUUGGAAUCGAGGACAGACCGGAGCAAACGGUGGGAGAAAGUUUUUAGACCCAUGUAGCCUCCAAUUGCCUUUGGCUUCAAUUGGUUACCGAAGGUCCAGCCAACUGGAUUUUCAGAAUUCACCUUCUUGGCCAAUGGCAUCCACCUCUGAAGUCCCCGCAUAUGAGUUUACGGCAGAAGAUUGUGGCGGUGCACACUGGCUGGAUAAACCAGAAGUGGAUGAUGGCACUAGUGAAGAAGAAAAUGAAUCUGAUUCCAGUUCAUGCAGGACUUCCAACAGUAAUCAGACCAUAUCAUCCUGCCAUACUAUGGAGCCAUGCUCAUCAGAUGAAUUUUUCCAGGCCCUUAAUCAUGCUGAGCAGACAUUUAAAAAGAUGGAAAACUAUUUGAGACACAAACAAUUAUGUGAUGUGAUUCUGGUUGCUGGGGAUCGCAGGAUUCCAGCUCACAGGCUGGUGCUAUCCUCGGUCUCAGAUUAUUUUGCUGCAAUGUUUACUAAUGAUGUCAGGGAAGCAAGACAAGAAGAAAUUAAAAUGGAAGGUGUAGAACCAAACUCCCUGUGGUCCUUGAUUCAGUAUGCGUAUACAGGCCGCCUUGAGUUAAAAGAAGAUAACAUUGAGUGCCUGUUGUCGACGGCUUGCCUUCUGCAGCUCUCACAGGUGGUGGAAGCAUGCUGUAAGUUUUUAAUGAAACAGCUUCACCCAUCCAACUGUCUUGGAAUCCGUUCGUUUGCUGAUGCCCAAGGUUGUACAGAUUUGCAUAAAGUGGCUCACAAUUACACGAUGGAGCAUUUCAUGGAAGUCAUUCGAAACCAGGAAUUCGUGUUACUCCCAGCCAGUGAAAUUGCCAAGCUCUUGGCCAGCGAUGACAUGAAUAUCCCUAAUGAAGAGACGAUAUUGAAUGCCCUUCUGACUUGGGUUCGUCAUGACUUGGAACAGAGGCGGAAAGAUCUCAGUAAACUUUUGGCUUACAUUAGGCUACCUCUUCUUGCGCCACAGUUUCUGGCCGACAUGGAAAACAAUGCCCUGUUCCGGGAUGACAUCGAGUGUCAGAAGCUCAUCAUGGAGGCCAUGAAGUACCACCUGCUGCCGGAGCGGCGGCCCUUGCUGCAGAGCCCACGCACCAAGCCCCGAAAGUCCACCGUGGGCACACUGUUUGCCGUCGGCGGGAUGGACUCCACCAAAGGAGCGACCAGCAUCGAAAAGUAUGAUCUCCGCACAAAUAUGUGGACCCCAGUGGCGACCAUGAAUGGGAGGAGGCUGCAGUUCGGCGUAGCGGUGCUGGAUGACAAGCUGUAUGUGGUGGGCGGGAGAGACGGUCUGAAGACUCUCAACACUGUCGAGUGCUACAACCCCAAAACCAAAACGUGGAGCGUGAUGCCGCCUAUGUCCACCCACAGGCAUGGCCUCGGUGUGGCUGUGCUGGAAGGCCCCAUGUACGCCGUGGGCGGGCACGACGGCUGGAGUUACCUGAACACGGUGGAGAGAUGGGACCCACAAGCGCGCCAGUGGAAUUUUGUUGCCACUAUGUCAACCCCGAGGAGCACAGUAGGUGUGGCAGUGCUAAGUGGCAAACUUUAUGCAGUUGGUGGCCGUGACGGCAGUUCCUGUUUGAAAUCAGUGGAGUGCUUUGAUCCACACACCAACAAGUGGACCCUGUGUGCACAGAUGUCCAAGCGGCGUGGUGGUGUAGGCGUGACCACGUGGAAUGGGCUCCUCUACGCCAUCGGAGGCCACGACGCACCUGCCUCCAACCUGACCUCACGGCUGUCGGACUGUGUGGAAAGAUAUGAUCCCAAAACCGAUAUGUGGACUGCAGUAGCAUCCAUGAGUGUCAGCAGGGACGCCGUGGGGGUCUGUUUGCUCGGCGAUAAGCUGUAUGCCGUGGGGGGGUAUGAUGGACAGACGUACCUGAAUACGGUGGAGGCCUACGACCCCCAGACAAACGAGUGGACCCAGGUGGCUCCACUCUGCCUGGGCAGAGCCGGUGCUUGUGUUGUGACCGUGAAACCGUAGCUGACCACUGGGCUUCGCUAAAUGAAGAUAGACUCUCCCUUUAUGAAUUGAAUUCUUUCCUUUCUCUGUGGAUGCACUUUCAACAAAUUUAUAAGGCCACGUCCCCGGGCACGAAGUGUCAGCUCUCACCUGGCAGAGAAAGAAGUGGACAGGGCCACGUGAAAUGCUUCCGUUCCCAGGGAGUCCACAUGGUGGGUUUUGAAGAUGCAUUCCCGGCGCCACAAAGCAGCAUCUCCUAAAUACCACCUGUGCUAACUGGGAAUUUCAUUCAUUGAGCACAUUUUACUGACAUUCUCCAGAUCUCUUGUAUUACACUUCAGAUAACACCAGAUAAAACUUUUAUGAAAAAUAGCUUUCUUUUUAACUUUAUCAUACCAGAGUUUAAUUUUAUCCAAAUUCAUUUGUACUAUUAACCAUCACCACUAUUUUAAUAAUACACUAAAGACUGCUUUUUAGGUUUUUGGUUCUUUUGGUUUC